AUGCCUCCGUCCAAGAACUCCUUAUAUCGCGACCGCAUCUUUGGAGAUGACCAGACACCACCCAAGACCAGAACCACAAAGACAGUCGACAAUAUGGCCACAUACGAGGCUGAAGGCUACCCAUUCAAUCGAGAUGCUCUUGCAUCAACACGUCUCAACCUCCAGCACAAGAUGUGGGUCGAUAGCACCGGCUACCAUCUUCAUCCUGAUGUCUAUGUGCCGAAGGACGCCUUGAUCGCAGACAUUGGCUGCGGUACUGGCCUAUGGGCUGUGGAAGUCGCCAAAUCCAAGCCGGACUGUCGGGUCGAGGCCUUCGACUUGUCUCUGGCGCAAGCGCCGCCCAAGGAAUGGUGUCCUAGCAACGUUACCUUCGGCCAGCUCGACAUCUUUGCUCCUAUCCCGGCUCACAUGCAGGGACGCUAUGAUGUUGUGACCGUCAGGCUGUUCAUAUGCGUGGUACAGUCCAGCGAUCCAAUGCCACUCCUCCGCAACCUCUUGAGCCUCCUCAGACCCGGUGGCUACCUCCAAUGGCAAGAAACCGACCCCUCCAGCGACAAGAUCAUCCUCGCAGAUCCCUCUGCCUCAGCUCCCAAACUCCAAGCAUUGCGAGCCAUCUUCAAUACUGCCGGACAGUCAUGGAUCGAGGACUUCCACACCAGAUUCGAAGAAGCCUCCGCAAAGCUGGUCGCUCAUGAUCGCGUCUGGACGAAGAAGAAUUGCCUUCUGAUUAAGCAGGAUAUCACGUUCUUGGCCGUUCGCGAGUGUUGUGCGAAUCUGAGGGUGAAAGACGCUAAGGAUGAGCAACCUGCUCAGCUUGAGAAGCUGGCGGGUGAGGCUGAGGAGGAGUGCUGGAAGCUGGGAAGGGGAAGUGCUAUUCACUCGGAGAUGGUUACGUGUGUUGUGAGGAAGCAGUGA